GAGAUUAGUUGCUGUAAAUUAAUAUGAUGGUUUUUAAAAUCCGAACGCAAUAUUUAAUUUGAAUAGAUGUAUUGAGCUGAAUGUGGUAAAAUUGGUCUUCAACAUUCGUGACGAAAAUUUGAAAAUCUAUUUCUGUGACAAAGAAAAUCUGAAAUGAUAACAGAGAAAAGCUAUACCAUUUCAACUAUUAAACAUUUGGAUGAACUUGAAAGUUCCCUAGACAAUGGUCCUACAAGUGAUCAGAAUCCUGAAGAAGAAAUUACCCAAAAGGAUUUUUUAAAUACCAGAGACAAAGACAUCACAGAAAGUCUGUACAAGUCAGAUAACUGUGAUUAUGACAUAUUUGAUAAAGAACCGUUUCCAGAUAGUGGCACUGUCCAAGACUGUGCUAGUGGUGGUGAUGAUGAUGAUAUGCUUGGGAAUGAAAGGCUGACAGGCAAUGGUCAUGUAGUUGAAGAACAAGUAGAAACUAAUGAGAAAAAACAUGGGACAGUUGUAAAAGGUGAACUUCUUGCCAAGCAAUCUGAAACAGUGAACAAAAGAAUAAUAAACAUCAAUGGUUUUGAUGAAGGAUUUUUUAGUGAGCAAUUGUCCAAACAUGAAUAUAAAGAUACAGGGUACAACUCUGAAGUUCAAGGUGAUGAAAAGUCAUUUGAAAAUGAUAUAAAAACACAAGAGGAUAAGUCAGUUAAUGAAAAUAUGCUUGCUGGGGAAUCAUUCAAAAUUGAAAACCAAGAACAAGAAAAAAAAAAUAUCAGUAAUGAAAGUCAACAGGAAGAUGAACUAUUCAGAAAUGAAAAGAAUGAACAGGAGUUUGAAAGUGAAGAAGGACUUGGUAAAGACUCAUCCGAAGUAAAUCAGUUGGAUAAAUCAUCCAAAACACACAAAACAGUUAAACAUUCAAAGGAAGAACUGAAGGAAAUUUUUAGUGAAAAUCAGAGGAUACUGAGAGAGUCAUCUAUUAGUAUACCAUACCACAAACCUCCACAAGUAACUCUAGCAGAGUUUUUAAGCCGCAGAAAGAAGACUGCACUUCAGAAUAAAAAUCCAAGAAGCUCUCUAGAAGGAAUAAAACAGAAUGAAAAAAUCAAGAAGUUAGAUUCAUCUAAAUCUUCACAUCCUGAAAAAUGUAAAGUUGAAGAUGAGGCUGAAAUAAGUAAUUCAUUGUUCAGUACUGGGCUUGGAAAUGGUGAUGAUAGCAGUCUAAAUUUUUCAUUGAGUUGUCCUGAGGCAAAGCCUGAGUUUGAUAUAUGUGCUAAAGAAAAUAUUAGUACUGUGUUUUCUACAAAUAAUGAACAGUUGAAUCAGGAUAAGGAAUUGAAAACAAAAGAAAUUAAACAUGUUCUGAAGGAAAAAUGUUUGGAAGCAGUGAAAUUUUCAAAUCCAAAGAUUUCUGGAAAUCCAAAUACUUUCAUUGAUCUUGAUGAAGAUUCUCCAAAGGAAAAGUCUGCUCUUGAGAAGUUUAUGGAGAAAUUUGUUCAUCAUACUACAAGUCAGAAGAAAAACAUUUCCAAAAAGAAUAUUACCAUGAAAAUUGUGUGUAAAGAAGUGAACAAAGAAAGUGGAAAGGAAGAAUUUGUUUCUGAAUGUGUGACAACUUCAGUUGCUGAGAAAGAUCUGUCUCCAGUUUCUACAACUGCUCCUGGAGCAAAACUAGCUCAGUUGAAGCAGCAGCUUUGGGAAAAAUUGUCAGUGCAACGCAGGAAACAAAGAGAAAAAAGGAGAGAAAGAUUCAAGUUAGAAAAUGAGCAAGGUUUUGAACACCAAAAUUUAGAAGAUAAUGAGAUCGAGGAAGAAGAAUUAACUGACCAAACAGAUACCGAUGAAGAACCAGAUGAAGGUGAAGAGUCUCUAGUAGAAAAGAAAAAAGUAAAAAGGAAUAUGUUUAUAGAUGAAGAAGCUGAAGAAAGUGGAGAAGGUGAAGAUGAUGAAGAGUAUGAAGGUGUGGAAAGUGAAACAAGUGAUGAUGAGUUGACAACAGAACAAAAAGUGAAAAGUAAUCAUGAUGAAGAUGAUACAUAUGAAGAUGAAGAAGACACUAUAGUAAAAAGAACAGCAAAGAGAAAUAGGUUUAUUGAUAGUGAAGAUGAUGACAGUACAGUUGCUGGAGAUUUUAGUAAACAAGAUAAAUUAACACAUAGUGAAUUUGUUUACAAUGAGGUUAAAGAAAAUUCAGAUAAUUUUAAAGUGACCAAGCCACUUUUGGAACGGAUAACAAGUGAGGAACUAUUUCAGUUCAGUGCUACAGAAAAAAAAGAAGAACAAAAAAAAUCACAAGAUAUCAUGAGAGAGACGAGCAUGGAGAGUUUGGAAAAUAGUUUUGACUUCUCAUGUUCUUCUUUACCACUCUUCCAACCUGAACAGACAAUAGAUGGAGCAAAAUUAAGGUCAAUACCUCACAACAUAUCAUAUGAUGAAACCUCUAGUCCUCAGAUUACUCCUUCACUUAAAAAUCUUACAAGGCUUAGUCUGCCAGUUGAAGAUUCUCAGGACUUGUAUAUUAUAAAUAACCUGCAAACAUACACUCCAUCUCGUAAAGAUGGAACUUGGACCUCUCUUCCUUCCCAAGCUUUUCUCUUUUCUCCUUUGGAAGAAGAAACUAAUUCAAAGAAUGAAACCAAAAGUAAACCACCUAGUCUAGACCAGGGAUUAAACAUCGAUUUACAAAGCUCAUCUCAGUCUGGCAUGGACGAGUUACUGGGUCUCUGUUCUGGACAGUUUUCAGAAUCUUUUUCUGAAACUCGGAAGGAGAGAAAUUCCCAUACAUUGUCACAGGUGUUUGCUGGCUCAAUUUCUCAUGAAGCAGCUAACAGUCAAGAAAAGUUGGAUGAAUUAGUUGAGCUCUGUUCUGGAGAGUUCACACACAGCCCUAGAAAAGAAAUCAAAAGCAGAAAAAAAUAUCCAGGAAAAAGAAGGCUUGUGAUGAUGAGUGAUGAUGAAGAUGAGGAUUGCGAGUCCUUUGGAGGCUUCUCUGAUAAUGAAGAAUUUGAAAUUAAUGAAGACUUGCAAGUUGAAGAUAACAAAUCACAUGAAGAAAAGAAAUUCAGUGGAUUUGCAUUUCAAGAAAAUAGUAAGAUACGGAAAGAAUUUUUUGAGGAAGAGGCUGAGCUCUCAGGUAGUGAUGUAGGAAGUGAUGAAGACCUUGAUUUGCCAGAAGAUGAAGAUAAUUAUGAAGAAGAUGAGAUAGCUGAAGAGUUACCCUCUGAAGAUGAACUUCGUGAUCAGAUUGGCAAAGUUCACUUUAAAACUUUGUUGGAUGAAGAUAAACGAAAACUAAAACUUUAUCAAGAAAUGUAUUUAGAAGAUGGUGAUUUACAUAGUGAAGGAGGUAAAAGAGAAAGGAAAUUUAGAUGGAAAAAUAUUGAUAUGAAUUCACAAGAAGAAGGUUUGGGGUCAGAGAGUGAAGGUGAUGAUAAUGAAGUAGAAGAUGAUGGGCAAUGGCGACGCCAACGACAUGAAAGAGAAAAGUGGCUCAAAGAACAGGAGGAACUGCCUGUUACCUCAAAAGAAAAUAUUAUUGUUAAUAGAAGUAAAGUUUUACUGAAAACUUCAGGCUCCUCCAAUGAACCUGUUUCCACACAAGAAAAGAGAAAUCCCAGCUUUACAAUUUUGUCCAAAGAUUCUGCAACAUUCCAAACUCGGAAAGGAUCAUUCCUUUGUCGAGAUGGAAAUACUUUAUCACGCCUUGCAGAAAAACUAAAAAGUGCCAGUGACAGCAGUGUAUCAGGCCCGCGGAGUGCCAAAAAUUUUGUUUUCCAGACAGUUUCUCCAUCGAAGAAGUCUAGUGUAAGACACGCCAAAAAAAGUCAAGAAUGCACAACACAUCCAAAAAAGAAAUGUAAACUGGAGCCUAUUUUAGCUGACAGCUCACAAAAUAGCAUUUUCAAUUUUCUGUAGUUUAACAUAAGUAUGAAGUGGGUAUUUGUAUGUACAAAAAUAUUUCAAAAUAUAUAUAUAUAUAUAUUGUCAAAAAUAAACUAU